UAUCAGAGAUGGCGAUGCUGAGCUCAAAACACAGUCAUUGUUUCUGCUUCAUCACAUUGUUGCUUCAUUUUGGCCUUCUCUUCCUCAUCUGCGCUCAACCUGCUCACUCCUCUGCUGGUUCCACAGUGGAGUUUCUUCCUGGCUUCCAUGGACCCCUUCCUUUUCAUCUUCAAACUGGGUACGUGGGACUUGGGGAAUCUGCAGAAGAAGUUCAAGUUUUCUGUUAUUUCGUCAAGUCUGAGAACAAUCCUCAAGACGAUCCUCUCCUUCUUUGGCUAUCUGGAGGUCCUGGUUGCACUUCUUUCGCUGGCCUCGCCUUUGAAAUAGGUCCAUUCACAUUUAUAAACCAAGAAUACAAUGGGACUUUGCCUAACUUAGUCUUAAGGCCACAAUCAUGGACUAAGGUAAGUAAUAUAAUUUUUCCAGAUUUGCCCGUUGGAACAGGCUUCACAUAUGCCAAAACAGAAGCUGCUAAUCAAUCAAGUGACUGGGGCCUAGCUCAUCAUGCUCAUCAAUUUUUAAGGAAGUGGUUAAUCAAUAAUCCAGAAUACCUAUCACAUAAAGUGUAUGUCGGUGGUGAUUCUUAUUCUGGCAUUCCUAUCCCGGCCUUGUUUCAAGAAAUUUUAUAUGGAAAUGAAAAUGGGGUACAACCGCGGAUAAAUAUUCAGGGAUACAUCCUUGGGAAUCCCCUGACAACACGCCAUGAAAUAAACUAUGAAAUCCCAUUUGCUCAUGGAAUGGGACUGAUUUCUGAUGAACUCUAUGAGUCAUUACAGAAAUAUUGUGAAGGAGAAUAUGGAAAUAUAGACACCAAUAACUUGUCAUGUCUCAGAGACUACCAAUUAUUCCGAGAGUUAAUUGAAGAAGUCGAUGUCUCUAUGAUUUUGGAACCCGGCUUUUGUGGCUAUAAAAUGUUUGUUAUUCCCCCAAGAAAUUCUUUGAUGAAGAGAUCUCUAGUUCAAAAAGUAAAGGGUAUUAGUAUUCCAUCAAAAUGUCGGCGACUUGGAUAUUUGCAAGCUCAUUACUGGGGCAAUGACGAUGACGUUCAAAAAGCACUCCAUGUUCGAAAGGGAACAACAUAUUAUUGGAGGCAUUGUAAUUACGAUUUGAACUAUAAGCAGGACAUUGAUAACAGCUUUUAUAUUCAUGUAAAUCUCAGUACAAAGGGUUAUCGUUCUUUGAUAUACAGUGGGGAUCAUGACAUGACGAUUUCCUUCUUAUCAACACAAGCAUGGAUCAGAUCUUUAAAUUACUCUAUCAUUGAUGACUGGAGACCUUGGCAUGUCAAUGGGCAAGUUGCCGGAUACACAAGAACUUACUCCAAUGGCAUGACAUAUGCAACCGUUAAGGGUGCAGGACAUACAGCUCCAGAAUUCACACCUGAAGAAUGUUUUGCUAUGUUCAAGAGAUGGAUAUCUAAUGAGCAUCUCUAAUUAGUGGAUUAGCUUCCACAAGAAUGCAAAAAACUCAAAUCUUGUGUGUUUUUACGAUCCAAGCCAGUGUGCUAUAUUCGAUUUGACCAAACAAAAGAAAAAAAAGUGUGCUAUUCGAUGAUAUUAGGUUUUGUAAACUUGAAUAAGAUAGUUGAAAGUGAUUUUUAUAUUGAAGCAGAACAAGUAAAUUUUUAAAUACACAUAAGAAU